CUCGGUAAAAACAGAGAGAGUGGAAAUUCCCAUACCUUUGAGACUGGAAUGGAAUUUCCAAGACAAGGAAAUAAUUGAAUAUGUUCAGUCAGUCCUUUAUUCGAAACUAAGUUAAAUAAAAUUCAAAAGGCAUUUGUUGCUUCAUUUCUCGAUUUCGGACCAAAUCUCUCUCAUUAUCUCUAUAAAAAUCAAUCUUUCUUCAUUUGAUUCGAUCAGGAACUCACAGAAUUCAUCUCUAGGUCUGAAUAUGAUUUUCAAGUCUUAUUAUCUAGACUUUGAAUCUCGGUUUUGGACACAGCAGCUUUGCCUUAUCGGUCUGGAAAGUGGUCGUGGCUAUUUCAGAUACAUGAUCAUUAUGUCUGUUACUUAAAAAACCAAGGUGGAGUUCUAGAACAUUUAACAAGUGAUAUUCAUUUAGCUAUGCUUCAUUGAAUGAUUACUCUUGUUUGCCCUUACUAUGAAUUCAGAGAUUGGUAUUUGAGUACUGUCAUGAUCAUAUAGAGACUAGAACUUGCCUUUGAUAUAGAUAUCUAGUGUGUUUCUAGGCUCUAGGAUGCUCUAACAUCAUCUUUUCUGAGGGAUGGGCGACAAUGGAAACAUUUUUAGAACUUGGUUUCUAAAAUGGGGGAGGGUUGAGUCAUCUGGGAUGACAGAAAAUCAUGUAUUUGUCUCUGCGUGCUUUUCGGUUGCUUUAGUUGGAAUCUUGACAGUAGCUUACAGCAUCUUCCAAUGGAGAAGAAACACUAGUAAUAGCUGGAUGAAAGCCAUAGCUAGGUCUAAGAAAAAUCCAAAAGCAAAGCACAGAGUCCCAAUAGCCGCCCAUACAUGGAGCUUGGAGUCCCUGUCCCGUGGAAAAAGUCUAAAUUGUUGUGUUUGCUUGAAAUCUGUAUGCCCCACUCAGCCUCUGGGGCCGAUGAUGGCCUCCAACAGCUUCAUCCACCGUUGCAAUAUAUGUGGUGCAGCCGCACAUUUAAGCUGCUCCUCAAAGGCACAAAAGGAUUGCAAGUGUAUUUCGAUGACAGGGUAUGAAAACAUGAUUCACCAGUGGGCUGUCCGGUGGACAGAGAUUGCUGAUCAACCAGAUGAAAUGGCCUCAUGUAGUAUUUGUGACGAGCUUUGUAAUGCAUCUUUUCUUGGUGGUUCUCCAGUCUGGUGCUGCUUGUGGUGUCAGCGACUUGUUCAUUUCGAGUGUCAUGCUACUGCUCUUCAUGAGAUGGGUGAUAUUUGUGAUUUGGGUCCAUUUAAAAGGCUGAUCUUAUCACCACUGUUUGUUAAGGAAUUGAAUCGUACUACCUCGGCUGGUUUUUUGAGUUCAAUCACUCAAGGAGCUAAUGAGCUUGCAUCUACUGUGCGUGUAAGAAUCAAGAGUCACCGCAAGAAGCACAAGCGUGGAGGUGAAACCUCUAUUGAUGCUGCAAAGACAUCAAGCGCCUGCGAUCAGCCAAUAGAAAAUGCUGCUUAUACUGAUCAAACACCAAAAGGUGUAAAUGGAAAUGGUGAAAGUUGUAAUGGUAAUACGGAGUUGCAGGUAACUCAUGAAGGGGGUGAAAUGAAUAAAAAGGUGGACCUGAAACCAAAUCACCAAAGAGUACUAUCAUCCAAUCAGAGAGACGGGUCUCAGGUUUUAGGGGUAAAACAGAAUUAUGAGUUGAUCGAUUUGCCUCCAGAUACAAGACCACUUCUUGUUUUCAUAAACAAGAAGAGUGGUGCCCAACGUGGUGAUACACUCAGGCAGCGUUUGAACAUCCUUCUGAAUCCUGUUCAGGUCUUUGAAUUGAGCGCUACGCAAGGACCAGAGGUGGGCCUUCACUUAUUUAGAAGAGUACCUCAUUUCAGGGUUCUAGUAUGUGGAGGGGAUGGUACAGUCUGUUGGGUUCUUGAUGCCAUUGAGAAGCAAAAUUUUGUAUCUCCUCCCCCUGUUGCAAUUCUUCCAGCCGGGACGGGGAAUGAUCUAGCCAGGGUUUUGUCUUGGGGAGGUGGUUUGGGUGUGGUGGAGAGCCAAGGAGGACUUUGUACAGUGUUGCACCACAUAGAGCAUGCAGCAGUUACUAUUCUUGAUCGAUGGAGGAUAACAAUAACAAACCAACAUGGGAAAGUUCAAUCACCGAAGUUCAUGAAUAACUAUUGUGGAAUUGGGUGUGAUGCAAAGGUGGCGUUGGAUAUUCAUAAUCUGCGAGAAGAGAAUCCAGAGAAAUUCUAUAAUCAGUUUAUGAACAAAGUGCUUUAUGCUCGGGAAGGUGCAAAGAGUAUGAUGGAUAAUACAUUUGAAGACUUCCCUUGGCAAGUCCGAGUGGAGGUGGACGGGGUAGACGUAGAGGUCCCUGAGGAUGCGGAGGGUGUACUUGUUGCUAACAUCGGUAGUUACAUGGGAGGUGUGGAUUUGUGGCAAAACGAGGAUGAAGCUGAUGAUAAUUUUGAUCCUCAGUCCAUGCAUGACAAGAUGCUAGAGGUUGUCAGCAUAUCAGGAAUGUGGCAUCUUGGAAAACUUCAGAUUGGACUUUCACGAGCUAGAAGACUUGCGCAAGGGCAGUCUAUCAAGAUUCAUAUCUGUGUCCCCUUGCCAGUUCAAGUGGAUGGCGAGCCUUGGUUUCAAGAACCGUGCACAUUGACUGUAUCGCACCAUGGCCAGGCAUUCAUGUUGAAGAGGGCUUCCGAGGAACCUCUAGGUCAUGCAGCUGCGCUAAUAGCCGAUGUACUCGAGAGUGCUGAAAGCAAUCGUGUCAUUACUGCCUCCCAAAAGCGAGUCCUGCUUCAAGAAAUGGCAUUAAGGUUAUCUUAGAGACAAAAGAAAGAAUAGCAGGCAUUAAGGUUAUCUUAGAGACAAAAGAAAGAAUAAACUCCCAAAAGCGAGUCCUGCAAAUUAACAUCCCAAACCGCUUUUCUAGUUUGCAGUUUAAAGAUUUUAGUUUCACCAUUUAUGGUGUACAACUUCCAUGGAAAAAAUAGUAGAUUGCACUAUUGAAUUACGGACAAGGAUAGCCAAGUUAAAUGUGAAGUUGUCCUUGUGUUCUGUGAGUAGUUGUGUUAUCGUUGUUUGUUGAAACUAGGAUUUCAUGUAUGCAUGUUUUGUUGGCAACUCUAAAACUUUCUGCAUAUGACUGCGAAAAAGUCCAGCAAAUGAAUUAGUGCUCAGCUCAUAUGAGAAUCAGGAGGCUUGAUGGUUGUAACUUGAUUUUUUGAACUUGUAAUCGUUUUGACUUUUGGAGCUGUCCUUGUGUUCUA